AUGAAUAUCGAGAACGUUCUUUCCUCAACAUUUUCGGUGACACCACCAACUUCUCUGCCACCAUUCAACUUCAACUCAACAUCGAUCUCAUCGCUCCAAGCACUAACUCCACAGUCUAGCUAUUCCAAUUCUGCCACCCCGGCAAGCGACUGCUCAAGCUUGAGCCCAUCGGGUGGCUUGUCUGAGUGCAAUUGGCUCAUCAAACCUCCCAUAUCAUUGAAUGAAGUCAUCGCGUCAUCCAACUUAGGUGUCCGAUCUUUUCCAUUCAAUGAAUCAGCAGCAGGGAUCUUUCGGAAGGUACCAACGGACCAGAACAACGUGAAUGAUCCCGGUGUGCCAAUCUGUCAGAAACCACCGCGUCUGACCUGCAACGGAAAACGAGUCGGGCGUCCACCAGGUACCAACAAAGUGUACCUCAAGAAGCUUGAUUCAGUGGUGCAGUGUGAUAAUGGAGAAGAGGUCCAUGAAUGUAGAUGGAACAGGUGCCACAAAACUUUUACCAAUAAAAAUGACUUCUAUGCACAUAUGGCACUUCAUGUCAACUCUGACACCAGAAUUUGUCUCUGGGACGGGUGCGAUCGCCCAAUGUUCUCAGCAUUCUAUCAACUAACUGCUCAUCUGCGUACUCACACAAAAGAAAAACCACACGAGUGUGAUUGGGAAAACUGUGGAAAGAAGUACAGUCGUAGAGAGAACCUCAAAACUCACCGACGCACUCAUACCGGAGAAAAGCCAUAUGCAUGUGAUUACGCUGGCUGCUUGAAAAAGUUCAGUAAUGCUUCGGACUGCGCUAAGCAUAGAAACCGCACCCAUUCCUCAUUGAAGCCGUAUUUCUGUCUUGUGGAAAACUGCGGAAAAAGCUACACCGAUCCGUCGUCGCUUAGAAAACAUUUCAAAGCUAUUCAUCCAGACUUGAUGCCCAAGUACUCUACAGGACAGUAUAGAGCUUACCAGCCAAAAAUUCAUAGUCACAGGAAAGGAAGCCCGGUUCAUCAACCAGAGCAUCAACUUUCCAGUGCGAUGUGUCUCCCAGUAUUCAAUCCAUCUACGCCGUCAUCACCAAUGAUGCCAAACCCAUUCCUCUUCCCACCACUGACUCCGUUCCCACUCCUUGCAGCCUCAAUGCUCAAAAUGCCGUUGCAGAACUCACUGAUGCAGAAUUCGAUGUGUUCUUUCCCUUUUCCCCAAAACCAGAUUCUAAGCCAGUGCUACCAGUUCACUUACCAAAAAAUACAACAACAAGCCGCCAUGAUCAAUCUUCUGACCCCAUUGUUUAACCAAAUGACUCUCAACGCUAACAACUUUGUCUCUCCGCUCCCAACUCCACCAGCUGAUGUGUCUCCAACCACUAUGACUACUGGAGAUGAAAACCAGUUUUUCAAUUUUGCAGCUAAUCCUGUCCACUCUUGA